AUGAUAAUGGAGGUGGAAGUUUCAAGCAAGUUUAAAUUAGAAAAGGCGAUAUGCAAUCAUGGUUUUUUCAUGAUGGCUCCUAACACUUGGUAUCCUUCCACCAAAACCUUUGUUAGGCCACUCCGACUAAUCAACAACAACACCGUUACCGUUUCAAUCGCUCAGCCUCGUCCCUCUUUCAUCUCUAUAUCCAUUCUUGACGACCUUCAUCCUAUGUCAAUCUCAGAUCACCAGCAGCAUAUCAUGGAUCAAGUUAAGCGGAUGCUAAGGCUGUCCAAGGAAGACGAGGAAACUGUGGAAGCAUUUCAUAAACUGCAUUCGGAUGCAGCGGAUAAAGCGUUUGGACGUCUUUUUCGCAACCCUUCCUUGUUUGAAGAUAUUGUAAAAACUUUCCUCCUAUGUGCUUCGAGAUUCGAAGAUAGUUUAGGGAGGGCAGAAAAACUGUGUAACCUAAACCCGGAAAGGAAAAGAGGAAGAAGAAAAAAAGCACAAGUGAAUUUCCCAACGGCCCAUGAGGUGUUGAGUUUUGGCAUGAACAAGUUGGAGAGGACGUUAGGGUAUAGAUGUGACGUGAUAUUCGAUCUAGCAACCGAUGUGGUAAGUGGAAGGGUCGAUUUGGAUCGUUGGGAUAAUUCCAUUACCGAUGGAGAUGAAUUAUACAAAGAGUUGAUCCAUAGAAAAGGGAUUGGUAAUUUUGUUGCUUCUAACAUCUUAAUGUGCAUAGGCUUCUACCAAAGAGUUCCGCUCGACUCAGAAACCACUAGACACAUCAAACAGGUCCACCACCACUACGGCGUGAAUAAGGUUACCGAUGAAAUGGUGAAGGAUAUCUAUGAUAAGUAUGCUCCUUUUCAGACACUCGCCUAUUGGUUCGAGCUAUUGGAGUAUUACGAGAGUAAAGUCGGGAAGCUAUAUCUAUUAGAGAAAGCCGAUUACAGAAACGUGACCGGAAGCUUAAUUGAAAAACGUUCGACUUUCAAUUUUAAUAAUAGUUCUUGUCAUCUUAUACUUUCAUUACUAUUUGAUUUGACAUCUCAUCAAUAUUGA